UCUAUCGGUUGUUGCCAUUUGUAUGUAUCAGGUUGCGCAUCUUCUUCACCUCUGGUUCUAGUUGUGUCUCCUUUAAUUUCCCUGAUAGAAGAUCAAGUAGCUUCAGCAAAUUCCUUGUCUGCUUUGGGAUUAGAGGCUUCCAAGUUGGAUAUAGAUUGUUAUAAAAAGAUUUGUUGUGGAGAGUACAAUAUUCUCUUUGGUACACCAGAGUCAUGGCUUGAUAAUUUGAAAUGGAGAGAAUUUUUAUUGAGUAAAUAUGUGGUGGAUGUUUGUCUUGUGGUGGAUGAAGUUCACAAAGUAACUUGGGGUGUAGCAGCAAACAGAAUUGAUGAACCGUUCCAUGAAGCAUUUGGCAGAAUUAGUGAGAUGAGAUCAAUUUGCCGUCAAAAAUUGCCAGUGCUUGCCCUCAGUGCAACAGUUGAUGUUGAUCUUACUCAAUUAAUAGUCAGCAGUUGUGAUUUGUCGAAGGAUUUAAAUAUCAUAUCCACUUGUAGUUAUAGAAAGAACAUUCGUUUGACAAUCAUUGACAUCCGUGAUCGUGAAAAUGUUGAAAGUUUAAGAUGGUGUGGAACCAGUAUAGUGGAACCAGUGAUGGCUUUGAUUUGGAUUCUUAAUUCCCUGGUGUCGGACUGUAACUUCGUAAUUUAAGUUAUCUCCUAUAAUCUAGUGUAAAAACUGUAAUUUGUAUAAGUAAAAAAAUCCGAAACUUGGAGGCAAAUAUUUGUUUUAAUGAAUCAUUACCUGGUACUCAACGUUGCAUUGUUUAUCUGCUUCGAUUUGCUGUUUCCAACUUUUAACUGCUUUAUCAUGAUCUGUAGCUAGUUUUUUGUUUUUGUUCAGUGCGGUAGUGUAGCCAUUGGUGAUACCUAGCGCAUUAAACCAUUUAAACGUUUGUUUCUUUGCACCAGCUGCAAUCAAUAACUGAUCGUUUCUGUGAGCUACAACACACCCCCUGCCCCUUCCAUACCUUGCUUUAAACAAAAUCCUAAAGCAUGCAGUCCGGUGUCCAAUGCUUUUUCUAGGAAUAAAGUAGUAGUGCUCGGUUAUUAUUUACGUAUAGUAUAUAUUUUGGUACUACCAAAGAACUUUUCUUACUUGGUUUCAGUUACACCAGUCGCCCCCCUGAUAGCAGAUGAUAAAAUGGGACAAAGUUUGGUCAUUUUUUCCAAAAAUAUAUCAUCCUUGAAAUUCAAAAGAGAAUCAACAGAUGCAUCCGUCAUAGUCGAAUCGCGUUCCACAAUGGCCAUCUCUUGCUUGCAUAUAUUUUCGACCUCCUGCUGCAUAGUCAGCAUUAUUUGAGAAUCACUCUAAUAAAAGAUAAAGUUGAAAAAUAUGUCCGCAAAGAUAGGGGGAAACAAGAUUUGUCGAAAUAUAUGUAAACAACGCAUUACAUGUUCACCACUUUCCCAUUUUUUCCUGUUACUUCUUACAGCUUUCCACUUCAACCUAAAAAAUUCUGCCUUUUCUACAACAGCUAUCCCUCUGUAGCAUGUGCCACACAUUGUUCCAUUUAAACACUUUUUGUUGGCAUUAUCACUUUCAGGUUCUUCUCCGUGAAUGAACAAAAACCCAAUGUCUUUCAGCCUCUGUAUUUCUUUGGGCUACAAUACUUGCCUAUGUUCUUUGGAGUUUUUAUACUCUUUUAAACAUAGUCUACAAAACGAAGGCAUACUAAGGUGUUUGUUUACAUUUUUGGAUAUACAUGUUUUCUCAAAUUUACCGCUUUAAACUUGAUCGAGAUUAGCGCUCUCUCCCUCCUGCAAAAAGACAUAGCUUGGCCAAAAACUCUGUCUCAAGUUGCAUAAUAGUAUCGGCGGUGGAGGGAAAGUUUUAGAAUUAAAAUCUUCUUAGUUUUAAUGCUGUGGAUGUUUUGUGGAAGCUACUCGGUUGUAUGUUAGCUAGGUAUCCUUGCUUGAUAAUUGGAUUAGGCUAGCAAAUUUGAUUGUGUAAACCUAUGGAAAAGUAUUAUACGUUCUCAUUGAGGCUUUGGAGUUUAAAACGAAGGAAUUCCGUAGGGAUAGCAAAGCUAGUAGAUCUACGGCGACCUUUAAAACGAAAACAAAAGAACAAGAAAAACAAUCAAACGAAAACAAAUAAAAAAAGUAUCGUUAACAGGAAGGUUGCAAUUGAUAGUGUCUCAGAAUGACAAGGAAGAAAAGAUUUUCAUUAGAAGAGACAGAGAUAGGAAAGAGAAGAGAAGAAAAAGAGAAAAGAGAGCAAUUCAAACAUUUUUGGAUUAGUUUUUGUAAAACUAUGUUAUAUUAUUGUUAGUGAAAAAUAUUUUUAAUUUUUUUUUGAAAGUUUUGAUGGAUACUUUUUCUAAUAAAAUAUUACUAAUUCGUGGGAUAGCUUUAUUUCAGGAGAUAGGAAUUUGUGUACACACUGAGUAGGUUAUGGUAUUAGUUCUUAGGAUGUGGAAUUUUAUGUUAGAUAGUUUAGUGUGAUGAGCAUGUAUUUGAUUCACAGGUAUAAGAAGGUCUUUACAUGAAAUGGGUAACAUUUGUGUGUGGUAUGAGUAGGCAAAAAGGGUGUUUAAAUAUUGAAUAUGGUUCUGAAAUUUUAGAAUUUUUGUGUCAAGAUACAAAGGGUGAACUGUGUCCCGAUUUAGUUUAAAAUUGAUAAUUCUUAAAGCUUUACUUUGUGUACGAGUGAUGUAACAGUCUGACCCCAUGUCAGUGAUGCAUAUGUAAGAUGGGAGUGAAAGAUGGCACAGUAUAAGUUUAGUAGGGUAUCUCUGGAUACAAUGUGCCUUAACUUUGCUAGGACUCCAUUUGCCCUGUUUAAUUUUGGAAGUAAGUCGUUAAUGUGAUGAUCAUAAAUUAGAUUUUGGUUGAUUUGAACUCCAAGGUAUUUUAUUUUUGAGACUAGUUGCAGUUUUUGUCCACUAAGGCGGAAAUUUAAAUGUUUUUUAACUUCUCUGAUGUGCUUAGGGCGAAACAGUAUAAUGUCUGUUUUAUUAACAUUUAGACUAAUUUUGUUUGCUCGUAGACAUAUGUUUAAAAUUUUUAAGUCUUCGUUUACUUCCUUGUUAAUUUUUUAAAGAACUACUACAAUUAAUCAUGCUAGUUUCAUCUGCGAAAUGAAUUAUUUUUGAGUGUUUUAUUGCACGAUGGAGGUCGUUGAGAUAUAUUAAAAAUAAUAAAGGCCCUAAGACUGAGCCAUGUGGGACUCCAUGAAUUAUGCCAGAAUUAUCUGAUGUUAUACCGUUUAUUGUUACAUGUUGUUUACGGUUAGUCAAAUAAGAUUUUAUAAGGCUGUUGGGAAUGCCUCAACACCAUAUUUUUCAAGUUUUUGUAACAGUAUGGAAUGUUCAACUGUAUCGAAAGCCUUUAGUAAAUCUAGAAAGAUGCAACAAGCAAAGUUCCUUUUGUCCAAAGCAGUCCUGACUUCCUCAGUUAGUUGUAGUAGGGCAUGCACGGUAUUAUGUUUCUGCCUAAAACCAUAUUGGUAUUUAAAAAGUAAGAGAUCAUCUUCAAAGAACGAAUAAAAACGUGAGUAUAUAGCCUUUUCAAAAAUUCUAUUUAUAUUGGAAAGUAAGGAGAUAGGGCGGUAGUUUUCAAUACAGGUUUUGAGGCCUUUUUUGUAAAUUGGUACAAUGUUAGAAGUUUUUAGAAUGUCUGGGUAAGUUCCAGUUUGAAAGGAAAAGUUAAUGAUUUUACUUAGAAGUGGACUAAUAGUAGGUGUAAGUAAUUUCAAAAAAGUAGUAGGAAUGUUACCAGGACCAGUGGCUUUAUUUUCCUGUAGAGAGAGUAUCAAAUUUCCUGUUUCUAUAGUAGUAGUAGGCUUCAUAAAAAUAGAGUGUGAGUUUGUAUCUCCCAUAUAGUCCAUUGGAGAGAUGCUAGUGGGUCUGAUUUUAGAUUUGGUAUGUUCAGCAAUUUCACCAAAAAACCUAUUGCAAGAAUUAGCUAUAGUGAGGUUAUUACUAAUAGAUUUAUUGUUUAUUUGCAUUGUGCUAGGUAUAUUUCCUUUGGAGGACUUGGAGUUUAUGAUUUUUUUGAUUCCGUCCCAGGUUCUUUUAAGAUUGUGUUGGUGUUCGUGAAAAAAAUCCUUGAAGUACUUAUCUUUGCUGACUGUUGUGAUUAGGUUGAGUGUAUUUCUAUACUUUUUGAAUUGAGUAAACAAUAAUGCUUUUUUUUUUUCUUUUAGGAAUUUUUUAUAUAUGUGCUGUUUGUAGUUAAUAGAUUUAAGUAUUCCAAAUGUUACCCAGGGUUUUCUGCUUAUUUUAGAUUUUUUUGUAUUGACUUGGACAAGAGGAGCAUGAUUAUUAAUGAUAGAAUUUAAUUUGGUAAUAAGAGGUAGUAGCAACAUUUGGGUCAUUUGAUUAAAAAAGUUCUUCUUUCUAGUCAACAGAAAGUAUGUCUAGGAGGAAAUAGUUUUUAGUAAAAUUUCGAAAGGAA